UACAGGGAUGCCAGAUGAUCAGUGCAGAAUGAAGGUCCCAGGAGAAAAGAUCACAUGGUUUUCUCUGCCCUGUGACGUCACCAGCAGAUGGCAUGGGUACCAGCUCUGGCAGUUGGCAUCAAUGUCACUUUUUAGAGAUCAAUGAGAUAGUGCAGAUAUACACAGAUCUAGACUCCAGGAGACGAUGCGACAGUCAGAUUGAAAAGAUUUGGAAGGCAAAAAUGAAAACUGGCUAUUGAAAGACAUUUUUUUUGAGGCCAAGGUCACAUAAGAUUAUAACGCCAUGUUAACGCUACCAUUUGAUGAGUCUGUUGUAGUGCCAGAGUCACAGAUGUGCAGAAAGUUUUCCAGAGAAAGUGAGGACCCGAAGCAAAUCAAGAAGCCGGAAAGCUUUGCAAAGCAGAUUACGCACCAAGGGAAAAGCAUCAAAAGGUCGACAGUGGAAGAUACAGAGAAAGAGGAGGUGGAAGAUGAGCGAGAGGAGGAAGACGAAAACGGUUUGCCCAGGAGGAGGGGCCUUCGGAAAAAAAAGACGACCAAGAUGAGGAUAGAGAGGGUCAAAUUCAGGCGACAGGAAGCCAACGCAAGAGAAAGGAACAGAAUGCACGGCCUCAACGAUGCGCUGGACAGCUUAAGGAAAGUGGUCCCUUGUUACUCCAAAACGCAAAAACUGUCUAAAAUAGAGACUUUGAGGCUGGCUAAAAAUUACAUAUGGGCUCUUUCCGAAAUCUUACGGAUUGGCAAGAGGCCUGACCUGCUGACGUUUGUCCAAAACUUGUGCAAAGGUCUCUCUCAGCCCACGACAAACUUGGUCGCAGGAUGUCUACAACUCAACGCGAGAAGUUUCUUGAUGGGUCAGAGCGGGGAGGUGGGCCACCACGCCCGAUCUCCCUACUCCACUUUCUAUCCCCCCUACCACAGCCCAGAGCUGAGCACACCCCCAGGUCACGGGACCCUCGACAAUUCCAAGACCAUGAAACCCUACAAUUAUUGCAGUGCUUACGAGUCCUUCUAUGAGAGCACUUCUCCCGAGUGCUCCAGCCCCCAGUUCGAAGGUCCCUUAAGUCCUCCCCCAAUUAACUAUAAUGGGAUAUUUUCCCUCAAGCAAGAAGCAGCUUUGGACUAUGACAAAAACUACAAUUACGGCAUGCAUUAUUGUGCCGUGCCACCCAGGGGUCCCCUUGGGCAGAGUUCUGUGUUCAGGUUGCCUGCAGAGAGCCACUUCCCUUACGACCUACAUCUGCGCAGCCAGUCUCUCACCAUGCAAGAUGAAUUAAAUGCAGUUUUUCAUAAUUAAUGAGGAAAAGUGGGAAUAAAUAAGUAAAUA